AACCAGAUUUAUAUAAACUAAGUGUUCUUCAGAAGUCUAAGACAAAAUGUUGCACUCUGCUAUUAAUGCGUUUGUUCUUUUGUUUCUUAUAAAUAGGGUCAAUGUUUCUUUGGCUACAGAACCAGUAUGUUCAAAAUUUGAUUAUGAAGAAAAGCUUCUAGAAAAAGUUAUUAGACAAGAAAUUAAGGUAGAAACAAUGAGAAGGGAAAUAGUGAAAACUCAAGAUUCUGUCUUGAACACUUUAAACGAAAUAAAGAAGAAAGUUGGCGAUAUCAACGACAGAUUUGAAGACUUGAGAAAUAAUAUCACGGAAGAGAUGAUUGCAAAAACUAAGGAUAUAGAGAAGAAAGAGGAACUCUUCAAGAACUUAUUCGAAGAACUACAAACAAAUUUCACGAGCGACACGGAGAAUCAAAGAAAUGCUAUCACUGACCGCCAAGAAUUCUUCAAGAAUUUAUUUGAUGAACUACGAACGAAUUUCACGAAUGACAUUGAGAAUCAAAGAAGCGCUCUUACUGACCUCAAAGAGGAGAUAGCACGGCCUUCCGUCGCAUUUUAUGCACACCACGUGACUGAUCUGGCCCUUGAUGUGACUGACAAGAUCAUUUUGUUUGAUAAAAUCCUUACAGAUGAGGGUUCUGGAUACGACACAUCCACAGGAAUCUUCACUGCGCCAGUCGGUGGAUUGUACCAGUUCACUGUCCAUGUUUGUGCACAAACUGGAAAAUUUUCUGUCGUUGGCUUAGUGUUGGAUGGGAAGGCUGUUGCUGCCACAGUAAAUUACGGUACAAACACCGACACCUGUAGUUCGGUAGGAGCAGUAGUUAGAGUGAAAUCAGGAGAACAGAUAUGGGUGAAAUGUACCACAGGACAUAGUUCUGCCUAUAGGUUAUUUCAAAACAGUCAUAGAAUGAACACAUUUAGUGGCAUUCUGCUUAACAAAUAGAUGAAUAAACUGAAAUGAUAUACUUGUAUGUACUUUAUAUUAGCAGUAGCAGUAUGAAACACCCAAAUACUUUUAUAUUGUAUAAAUAUUUGAAUUUAUUUUUGACUUAUCUUACUUCACUUACACUUUUUGUACUCAGAAAUGACAUCCUUGAUAAAGUAUCUGUAAACAACGGAAUAUCUUUUUUUUUCUCAUUAUCAGCAGAAUUUAAUCUUUACCCUGCUAAAUUUCUUAAAUGGACUGGUCCAACAUUAAAUUUGGGCAAUGUCACUUAUUAUUCAAAGGGUGUUCCCUAAAAAAUUACUGACUGAAUAGCGAACACGGACGUGCAGGCUGAUUUUGGUCUGCUAUUGUCGCAAAGGCAUGACAAAACAGUUUGCGCUUUGGCAAAGACACUUUAUAUAAACAAUAUCAUAUUUAUUCCUGUGAAAUAAAACAGCAAAUGUUUA